UUUGGAAAACAUUAUGGACCUGUCAUUGGAACGGAACCUUUAGAAUGACAAUAUUUAAACUUGUUUCCAUUCUAUAUCUGAUACUGUGCAAUUUAAUCAAUAAUAUCCAGUCCUCAAAGCAACAGGAAAUUCAUCGUGAUCUGGAUAAUCAAAAGUUAGUAUACGAUGAUGAUGCUGCUAACUUGGGAGAGUCGAUAUAUGAUGACAACGAAUAUCAAUUCUACGAUUCCCUACAAAACAGGAAUACCCCGAUAAAUCACGAAACACAGUUGAAGCAACUUAGCAGCUAUACUGAUGAUGAAUUUGCAGCAGCUUUGUCAAAAUUAUCUGAAGCAGAAUUAGAUCUGUUGUCACGGUUGAUUGACCAGGAGGAACUAUCCGAGAAGGUCGAAAAACGGGAAAACUCUCAAUUAAAACGAGAGUGUCAAUAUUCCUGUAACGAUGCCGCCGCUGGGAUUGAGGAUGACCAUCAGAACGACGAAACUUCAUCACGAGGCAUAAAUCAAGCGUCCGCUUUACGCAAUUUUUUCACUCGUUAUGGAAAGAAAAAAACAACUUCAAUACCUACCACAACGACACGACCAAACAUCAAACAAGCAACAAAGUAUACCACCAUGAAAACUUUUAACAAGAAGUUGGUCUACGAAUACGGCACAAAUCGCCAGGCGAGAGAUCAUGUCGAACGAGAAGUUUUAUCCAGAAUAAACGUUUUGAAAAGCCGCAUCAAGCCGAAGCAAGUUAAAUUUGUCAAGAAAAAAGGACAAACCCGUAGAACAUUGCCAUACAUUAACAAUCAACAGCGUUCUUUAGGAAAAAGCGUGACCCACAACGAAAAAGAUAUUUCAAUCCUUGAAGAUUCCUUCCCAAGGGCAUAUCAAGAAUCUGAUUCGCAGGAAAUACAUAUUCGAGUGAAAAGAGUUGGUUCUUAACGAGUUCUUACAUCGAAAUUUAUAUAAAGUUAUUGAAUUACUUACCGUUGCAAUCCUUCCAAUAGCAAAGGAGUGAACAUUACAUCGACCUGUCCUUUGAAACGCAUUACAACAGAAUUUCGGGUGGCAGUUUCUCCCUGGCAGCUGAGAAAUUCGUGUUCCCCUUCCUUGCCAUCUUGUUUCUCGAAGCUGCCCCUAACCAUAACACUUGGAUCCCAUGGGUGUGGUUUGGGUAGCGUCGACAUACCCGAAGAAGCAGCAGCUGCUGCUGCCGAUCCGCUUGCUGAGCUUCCAGAUUGUUGGUCGUACCGAGGUAUAACUUUAACUUCUCGCCAGUGUGAGUAGUUGUCGAAAUGGGGUACCAACUUGCUACCAAUGUACACCAAUCCACCAUCGUCGUUUUGUUGGAACAGAGGCAUCGAAAAUGCAUCAGCUGCGUAUGGCAACGAGCAGUGUGUCCAAUUGGAGCAUCGUACCUGUGCCAAGUGAGUCACGUAGCUGGCCAUUAGCAGCGGUGAAUCGACUAUCGGUCGAUUUAUCUGCAUGUGUAAGUUGACCAACGUAAUAUCUUCUUGUGAAGAAAGGGCCGAAAUGAACGAACUCGAGGACAGUGAAUGCGACUCGGAUGAGUCGUGUGGAUCGACCUGCAAGAUUUAUAUGCUUUUAGAAACAAUAUAAAUAUAAAAUAGUUAAACCAAGAGCAGAUUCUC